UCCACAGAUGGAAGCAAUCAUCGAUAAGAUGCAAGCAGAGUCAACUGGAGUGGCCGUGCGUACAGUUAAAGCGUUUAUGAGCAAAGUGCCAUCAGUGUUUACUGGUGCGGAUCUAGUCGCUUGGAUACUAAAGAAUCUUGGUGUAGAAGAAGUGACAGAAGCCUUGCAUUUUGCUCAUUUGGUUGCCUCGCAUGGUUACAUUUUUCCCAUCGAUGAUCAUCAGUUGACUGUGAAAAAUGAUGGCACGUUUUAUAGAUUUCAAACGCCCUACUUCUGGCCAUCAAAUUGCUGGGAGCCGGAAAACACCGAUUAUGCCGUGUAUCUGUGCAAGCGUACAAUGCAGAAUAAAACUCGACUGGAAUUGGCUGAUUAUGAAGCGGAAAAUUUGGCUAAGUUGCAAAAAAUGUUCUCACGCAAAUGGGAAUUUAUCUUCAUGCAGGCGGAUUCACAAAGCAAAGUUGCGAAAAAACGAGAUAAACUGGAGCGCAAGGUAUUAGAUUCGCAGGAGCGCGCUUUUUGGGAUGUGCACCGGCCGAUGCCCGGCUGUGUGAACACUACAGAAAUCGACAUAAAGAAAGCGUAUCGGCGUGGCGGUCAUGGUUCGGGUACCUCUGGCGGUGCGGUGGCAAAGAAUCCUAUUGAACAAUUGACGCGCGUAAUUGCGCUACGCAAACAAAAACUCGAGCGACGCACAAUCAAGGUGUCGAAGGCGGCAGAAGCCCUGGUUGCCUACUACGAGCAGUAUAAUGAAUUUGAUUACUUUAUUACAUUGCCAGAGUUGCCCAAUCCCUGGCAAACAGACAGCACAGAAAUGUGGGAUGCGGAACGUAACUCAAAAGACGUUCCGCUACGGCGGGUCAAACGUUGGGGAUUCAGUUUACGUGAGCUUCUGAACGAUCCAGUGGGCCGCGAACAAUUCACUAAAUUUCUCGAAAAAGAAUACAGUGGCGAGAACUUAAAGUUCUGGGAGUCGGUGCAACAAAUGAAAACGCUACCACAAUCUGAAAUCAAAGAAGCAAUACACAAAAUUUGGCAAGAAUUUCUCGCACCCGAUGCACCCUGUCCGGUCAAUGUGGAUUCCAAGUCAGUGGAAUUGGCACGCGAAGCAGUCAACGCCGCAAAUGGGCCAAAUCGUUGGUGUUUCGAUGUGGCCGCUGCGCAUGUCUACCAUCUCAUGAAGAGCGACUCAUAUUCACGUUAUCUACGCUCGGAUAUGUACAAGGACUAUUUGAAUUGUUCGCGCAAGAAAAUCAAAUCGAUACCAAAUUUGUUUGGUGUAAAGCGCUAGGGGGGUGGGGGAGUAAAUAAAAAUAUUGAAAAUAAGUAAGGAAGAGGCGAAUGAGCAUGGAAUAUGAAAUGGUUGAAUUACUUACACAUAAGUACUUUAAAUAUAAAUAUGUACCGUCAUGCCGCUUGUUAUUUAUAAUAUUUUGUUAAA